AUGGAUAUAGAUUUUUUAAAAAUCUUAAAAGCAAGCAACUUUGGUCGUGCACGGCUCAUGGAUCCCCGUUAUUCCCAUAAGGGUCAUCUUUCUGAAGGAUUGGUUACUAAAUGGUACAGAUCUCUACAUCUUUUACUUUCUCCUAAUAAUUAUACUAAAGCCAUUGGCAUGUGGGCUGCAGGCUGCAUCUUUGCUGAAAUGCUGAGUGGUAAAACCCGCUUUCCAGGUGUCCAUGAACUUGAACAGAUGCAGCUGAUUUUAGAAUCUCUUCCUGUCGUACGUGAGGAAAAUUGUCGGGAGCUGCUCAGCGCAAUUCCAGCUUACAUUAGAAAUGAUAUGACUGAGCCACACAAACCUUUAACUCAGCUGCUUCCGGGAAUUAGUCAAGAAGCACUGGAUUUCCUGGGACAAAUUUUGACAUUUAGCCCCAUGGAUCAGUUGACAGAAGAAGCAGCACUUUCCCAUCCUUACAUGAGCAUUUAUUCUUUUCCAAUGCAUGAGCCAAUGUCAAGUCAUCCUUUUCAUAUUGAAGAUGAAGUUGAUGAUACUUUGCUUAUGGAUGAAACUCAUAGUCACAUUUAUAACUGGGAAAGGUACCAUGAUUGUCAGUUUUCAGAGCAUGAUUGGCCUAUACAUAACAACUUUGAUAUUGAUGAAGUUCAGCUUGACCCAAGAGCUCUGUCCGAUGUCACUGAUGAAGAAGAAGUACAAGUCGAUCCUUGAAAAUAUUUGGAUGGAGAUCGUGAAAAGUAUUUGGAGGAUCCUGCUUUUGACACCAGUUACUCUACUGAGCCUUGUUGGCAAUACUCAGGUCAUCGUGAAAACAAAUAUUGUGAUCUGGAGUGUAGCCAUACUUGUAACUACAAAACGAGGUCAUCAUCAUACUUAGGUAACUUAGUUUGGAGAGAGAGUGAAGAUAAUCAUUACUAUGAACCCAAGCUUAUUAUAGAUCUUUCCAGUUGGAAAGAACAAAGCAAAGAAAAAUCUGAUAAGAAAGGCAAGUCAAAAUGUGAAAGGAAUGGAUUGGUUAAAGCCCAGAUAGCUCUAGAGGAAACGUCACAGCAACUGGCUGAAAAAGAAAGGGGAAAGAAUCAGGGAUUUGACUUUGAUUCCUUUAUUGCAGGAACUAUUCAACUUAGUUCACAACAUGAGGCUACUGCUGUUGUUGACAAAUUCAAUGACUUGAAUAGCUCCGUGUCCCAACUAGAAUUGAAAAGUCUGAUAUCCAAGUCAGUAAGCCGAGAAAAGCAGGAGAAGGGAAUGGCCAGUUUGGCUCAAUUAGAAGGCUUGUACCAGUCUUCUUGGGAGAGCCAGUUUGUGGGAGGUGGGGAGGACUGUUUUCUCAUAGAUCAGUUUUGUUGUGAGGUAAGGAAGGAUGAGCAAAUUGAAAAGGAAAGCACUUACACCAGUUACCUGGACAAGUUCUUUAGCCGGAAAGGGGAUACUGAAAUGCUAGAAACUGAGCCGGUAGAGGAUGGGAAGCUUGGGGAGAGAGGAGAUGAGGAAGGAUUUCUGAACAACAGCGGGGGGUUCCUCUUUAACAAGCAGCUUGAAUCCAUAGGCAUGCCACAGUUUCACAGUCCAGUUGGGUCACCACUUAAAUCAACACAGGCCCCAUUAACACCUUCUGCUAUGAAAUCUUCCCCUCAGAUUCCUCAUAAAACAUACAGCAGCAUUCUGAAACAUCUGAACUAA